GUGUUAAGAGUAAUGGGGAGAAAGUAGGAGAAUUUGGUUGAGAGGGAUAAGAUAGAUCAGCCACAAUUGAAUGGUGGAGUAGACUUUGUUAAUUCUGGCCAAAUUGGAGCUGCCAGAACAUUAAAAUUGAGUAAAGGCUUGGUUCAAUUACAUGUGCCUUUUGCAGAACUGGGACAAGCUGCUGAACGGUGCCAGUUUGUCUGGAGCCUAGAUAAGAGCUGCAGGGAAAGAAUGGGACAUCUGCAGGUUCUUACAAUAAGGUGUAAAUUGCAUGGAACUGAUUGGGUCACUGCAAACCAAAAUUACACAGUAUAAAUAAUGUUGUGAGAUGAUUGGUUAAUUGAUGAUUGGUCGAACUGUUGAGCCUUUGAGGAACUGUCUGAAUCUCAGGGCACAUGUUACUAUGUUUGCUUCCUUCUAGAAGCUCCUUUUGAAUACAAUGUAUUAGUUACUGUAUUAUUGGGUUAGGGAACUGUCUAUCAUGUACUGUGUUAAUCGAUAUAUGUUAUUGGACUGUAUAGAGACCACCCCCAUGUUCUGGGACCUAUAAAAGGUGGCUCCCACGAGGUCCGAUGUCGAUCUUCUGGAAGAAAGCUUGGGACUGUGUGACCUUUUGGAGUGUCUUUGCUUGCAUGAGGCUAGAAGGGCUUGGCCAAAUGGAUACAAGGAUCAAACCCGCGGUGGUUAGGUAUUGUAUAGGGGAAUUUCUGUUGUGUUAUCCAAAAUAAAGUUUAGUUGCUCAAGUGCGUGAUUAGUAUUUUAUUGACUGAAACUAGACUGGUGGGGAGAUUAGAGUAAGCUAUUUACAUUGGAGGCUCGUCCAGGAUCUCAAUGGACCCUCAAACACAAGUUUGCAAUUAAGGGUGUUGAGCUGUCUCGAUCGUGAGUGCAGAAAUCGUUUUUCGCAUAGAUUUUUGGCACUUCGCAAGUCGGAGCAGAUUAAUCAUUUGCAGGCUUGGGAAAGGGUCCCAACGAGAUUGUAGAACAGAGUCUAGCAAGCACGGGGGGAUGAUAGCACUCUUUUGGGUUAGGGGCCCAUAAAACCUGGGUGGGGCUAGAGGUGCAGGUGAGAAGGAAAUCCUUUUGUGCAGGUAAAAAGCGUUUUGUGUUGGUUAAAGGCCACACCUUUGGAAAGAUAUCCAAAUCCCUCCCUGGAGUGACAGACGAGAAACCUUGUAAAGGCACAGGGCUCGGUGGGUAGAGUAUAGAUUGGGUGGGAAUACUCAAGUCCAUUCGAGAUUUCAUUGGGCAAGUAAAUUGUAUUCGAGAGUCCGCGUUCGUUGAGUGGUACGCACCAAAACUAAUUGGUCCAAGAGCGAACUUAAAUUUGCAGAAUCAAAGUUUCCAAAUACAGAAUUUCACAUUGAAUUUCUGCCCGUACGGUAGAAUUCGAAUUCUGUGUUUAUAGAACUUUGGAGUUUGUGCGCAUUUGAGAUCGAUUCCGAAUAGCGGUUGAUCAACAGUGAAUAGUAACCCUCUGAUCGAUUGUUGAUUAGUACCUGAUAGCGAAGAGUACCUGAGAGACGGGAACCUGGUUUACUUGGUGAAAAGUACCCGGAUGUGAGAGGUAUCCCUAAUUCUGAGAACUUAGAGUGGAGGGAUAGAGGUCCCCCAAUAGAAGUACAGUCUUAGCAGGAGGAAAGUAACAUUUAGGAGGAAAAGUAGUCAUUUAAGUAGUACCCCUCAGCAAAGAGUACCCUAAGAAGGGGAAAAUCUUCAGUGUCGGAGGGAGAGGUUCAAUGAUUGAUAACAGCACGACACGGAAUUGAGAUUGAGUGUUUGUUAUUUGUGCGCUAGUGUGUUAAAUUAUUACUGUAAAUUUCCAGCAUUGUCUUUUUUAGCAUCUUUAUCAGAUCCGAACUGUAUAAAUAUUUUGUCUAUGUAAAAUAUUUUAAAGUGUGUUAAGAUCGCGGACCGCUGAUUGUAUUGUCUGUGUGUGCUUAAGGGUUUUGGGUGUUAGAUAAUUGCGGUAAAAGUGCGUUUGAAUUGAAUAUAUGGUAUGUGUUUAAAUCAGGAUUGUUAGUAUUGUUACAAUCCGAUUCAUGGUGGUUCGAUCAGGGUUUGUAUUCUUUAGAUCGCUGUGUCGGGGAGGAAUCGUUCCGUUGACCGAGUACGCCACGAGGAGGACUUAUUAGUGUGUGAUUCAUCGUCAUAAUAAAUGGACGCUUGUGGUUUAUAUUGGGGUGUGCCUUGGUCUACUUGUAAUUGGGGGAAUAGUUUCUUGUUUGAUUAUAGUUUUACUUGCGUGGUUCAGGUUUAUUUGUCUUUGUGAACUUAAAGUGUUCUGAGUGGGAGAGAUUGCUGCUAAAAUUUAAAUAUUAAGAGCCUUAGUUUGGGAGACCAGACAUUCUUCGUUUACAGGCUGGAAGUUGAAUGAGGUGAUUGUGAUCAAAAUGAUAAGAAAGUUGAAUUCAUGAUUGAAGGGUGAUUGAGUUGAACAAUUGAAUAGAGCGAUUGAGUAGAGUGAUUGACCAGCGGUUGGGAAAGAUUGAAUGUACAAUUGUGUGAGAAAGGUGUGAAUCUGCUGGCCGUUGGUCAUUGUGUGGGAGCAAUUUCAGUGGCCUUGGAGUGUGGAAGGAAGAAGCCAGUAUUGAGGAGGUGUGAGGGCUUUGAAAGUUAUCUCUAUUGUGUCUAUUGUGUAGGGGGAUGGGAAAUAUACUAGAGAAGGACCUAUCAAACAUUCCUGAAAGUCCAUUGAGAAUAAUUUGUGAGAAAAUUCCACAGGAAGCAGAGAGAUUAAAGAAAUUGUUGGGGAAAUUAAAUAAAGUUUUAGGGAACAAACGUUGGCCGAUAGGUGGGCCGAUGUAGUAGGAAUAACCUACAUAUAGACAAUUAUUAGGCAAUAUGGGAACAGUGAAGAAGGGAACGAGCUUAUUGAAUUAUGGAAAAUGUUCUUUACAGCGAGGAAAGUAACUAAAGAAGUUAUUCUGCUUUCUGCUUUGAGAAUGGGAGCAUCAAAGUUAGGGAUUAGAAUGAAAGAAAGAACUGGUCCUUCUCUAGGUAUUUCGGAACAGGGAGAGAAAGAUAGUGGAAGUCAGCAGCAGGUGCAUGAGAGAGCAUUAACUUUUAAAAGAGAAAUGACUACGAGGGCUCUUAAAGGGGAGGUGCUGACUAAAAAUAAACUCAUCAAAUUUAGUAAGAGUGCAGCGGUUAGCGUGGAUCUCAAAGGAAGAGAAGCCCAAUAUAUAAAUUGAUGGGCAGACUUUUUGGAAUAGAGUCACAGCAUUCCACUCAGCCCUCUCAUGUUCUUAGUUCUGAAACACUUUGCACAGCUUGCGAACAGGGCGCUUGGGUGGAAUCAGUGGUAUCUUCGACUCCACCCACUAAAUUUAAAUCCAAAGCGGGAGAGGACUCUCUAGCUCCAACGAUUGUUUCACCAGCAGAGAAUAAUGUGGGGGAUCAGGGAGCUAGAAGGAAGGUUCCUCAGAAGUGGGUGCUAAAAUUAAUUGGGAAACCAAGUGGGGAAUUGGAGGAAUCCUUCCUAAAGUAUAGAGAUUCCGGAUUCAGAAAGAGCAGUUUCUCUGAGGGUGAGACAGCAGGGGGAUAUGAAAUAGCUGAUCCUGCUAUUGCUGAAAUUUUAAUAUCCGAACAAAUCCCCGAUGUUAUGGAUAUGGAGCGGAUUCCCUGUAGGCAUUUCCCUAGUAGGAAGCUGCCUACUCUGCCUUUAGAAUUAGAUCCCGCAGUAGGUGCAGAUUAUCCCCGGGCUACAGACAUCCACGUUCGAAUGCAAUCUGGUUCAAUGGCAGCUAAAUCCUUCCAGAGACCAAUACUAAGAAUCCAGAAACGGAAAGUAACAUCGAAGGAGGAGGAGGAAUUUAAAGCAUGGAUCCCUCCUGAUUACCUUAGGGACAUGCCAAUCCGAGAGCCGACUUUCCCUCAAUUUGGUUGGAGAGGCUAUAAAGCUGUUAGACAUGAUCAAUGUUACAUCUGUGGGGAAUCAGGAUCUUGGAGCCGAUCUUGUCCUGUGAGGGAACAUAGAGGAGGAAGGGGUCAAAGAAGAGGGCCACGGGGUCUAAGAAGUCAGUGGAUCCCUCGAGGUUAUAGGGAUACUUGGGACUCUGAAGAUAGAGGAAGAGAACACUGGCCAGGGGAUCAGGGGACAGGGACAUUCUGGCAGCCAAAUCCAUUCCGAUAGCCCUGAUCUGGCAGCUAGUACCAAGUAAAAAGACGAAAUCUGAGGGUAUCCUCAUAUGACAUAAAAAUAAUAAUAAAUUAUAAGAACAAGAAAGAACACUGCCCCUUCCGAAUCCCAGGAAGAGAGUUACAAAGAAGCUGAAUGGGAUUGAGAAACCUCACUAAAAGAAAGAAAUACAAAAAGGGAAACAUAGUAGCUGGUAUCAAAGAGAUUAAGAACUGAAGGGAACUAAACUGGCACUAGGGAGAGAAGAAAUGAACUUAUUCGGGAGGAGGUAUGGGAGUAGGGAAAGGAGCUAUUGUACUAACUUGUUACAAAGUUGUUGUGCCUCCAGGACAGUAUGUUGUAGGUUAUACGAUACAGUAUGUUGUAGAUUAUACGAUAUAGGUUAAAAAGAUACAGACAACCUCUGACGACUAAUGGGGCAAGCUCUGAUUUGAAGAAUUGAAUUUAGAAAUUUGAAAGUAGAUACUCCUCUGUGAUUUGGGGGCAAGAUACUUACUUUGCGCCUAAAUUUAGUUAUAAAAAUAAAUUGAUUUGAAAAGGGCUUAUGGGAUAUAGUUUUAAAAUUAUUAGAGAAUUAAUUGUUGAUUGGCAUUCUUCUCUUGUCUCACUCCUAGGAGGAUAAUCGACGAUGGGAUGGGACUAUUUAGUGGCUAUCAAGAAAGGAGUUGACCCUAGCUGAUAUCAGAAAUGAAGACAUACCCUGGAUGCAUAAGGUGGUGGUAUAGAAUGAUGAGGCAGUCUGGAAAUUUAGAUAAUGAGUUCCCCUCGGAAGAUCAAUACUGCCCAUCCAAUCAGUUACUCAGUGGCAAAAACAGUGGAUGUCGUAUAUAUGGACUUCAGUAAGGCCUUUGACAAGGUUCCUCAUGGAAGGUUGGUUAAGAAGGUUCAAUUGUUGGGUAUUAAUGGUGAAGUAGCAAGAUGGAUUCAACAGUGGCUGAAUGGGAGAUGCCAGAGAGUAAUGGUGGAUGGCUGUUUGUCAGGUUGGAGGCCAGUGACUAGUGGGGUGCCACAGGGAUCUGUGUUGGGUCCACUGUUGUUUGUCAUGUACAUCAAUGAUCUGGAUGAUGGUGUGGUAAAUUGGAUUAGUAAGCAUGCAGAUUAUACUAAGUAGGUGGUGUUGUGGAUAAUGAAGUAGAUUUUCAAAGUCUACAGAGAGAUUUAGGCCAGUUGGAAGAAUGGGCUGAAAGAUGGCAGAUGGAGUUUAAUGCUGAUAAGUGUGAGGUGCUACAUCUUGGCAGGACAAAUCAAAAUAGGACGUCCAUGGUAGUGGAUGUAGUGAAUUGAGGAAUGCAGUUGAACAGAGGGAUCUAGGAAUAACUGUGCACAGUUCCCUGAAGGUGGAAUCUCAUGUGGAUAGGGUGGUAAAGAAAACUUUUGGUGUGCUGGCCUUUAUAAAUCAGAGGAUUGCGUAUAGAAGUUGGGAUGCAAUGUUAAAAUUGUACAAGGCAUUGGGGAGGCCAAUUCUGUAAUAUGGUGUACAAUUUUACUUCGGAGUCACGUGAGUGACUUCGUGAAGAACCCCGCUUCCACGCAUGCGUGGCAUAUCGCUACACGCAUUGCAACGAGUCACACAGAGGGGAACGGCGUUCCCCAAGCGGGAGAAUUUGAAAGUCGGGAACAGCAGGUAAGAGACUCUGCGUUUUCCCUCUUUUACUACUUACUUUUAGGUGGCUGCGGAAAGCCGGCGGGGAGACCCGUGGAGGGUGAGCAGCCAGCAGCAGCAACAGCACGAGUUCCCUGGAGGGGAACAACCUGAGCCCGACUUUGCUCCCGCACCGGCAAAAUUCACCUCUCGGCCGGGCGGGAAGCAAAGUAAAGAGGUCCCGUAUGCCAGUCUCAAGCGAGACUGACUUGGGACCAGUCGGUAGCAGCCAGCACAGAGGCUGCGGGACAGACAGCUCGGAACAGCGGUACCGGGGCUCGAAACGCUCAGCGAGUGCAGCGGCACUUAUGGAGUCGGAACGGGACGUCCGGGCUGAAAACCUUCUUCACAAGGUAAGGGCCAGGGGAUCUAUAGGAACAGCCGGGGUUACCGGCUGCGGAGCUGCCGCGAAGGACCAGGCCCGUGAACACCGGGGUUUGGUCCGAGCGGCUCCAACCCGCAACGGAGGGAACGACGGUCACCAGCGGGAGAAGGAAAGUCGGGAACAGCAGGUAAGAGACCCUGCGUUUCCUUCAACUUACCUUCUAGGUGCAGACAUGGACCGGGUCCAUGUAAGCUGCAGAAGGCCGGCGGGAGAACCGCGGAGGAGCGGCAGCAGCAGCAGCAGCAGCGGCAGUCGGCAGCCGGCAGCAGCAGCAGCAGCAGGAGCAGCAGCAGCAGUGGCAGCCGGCAGCUGCGGGAGUACGGGCAGCUGCAGGAGUUGCGGGCAGCUGCAGGAGUACGGGCAGCAGCAGUGACACUGACAGCUGCAGGAGCGCAGGUUGCGGCAGGAGCUGGCAACGGAAGGAGCUGGCAACGGCAGGAGCUGGCAACGGCAGGAGCUGGCAACGGCAGGAGCAGCAUGGGCACAUCAAUUCCCGGAGGAGGAAAACACCUGUGCCCAACUUCGCUCCAGCACGGUGAGAAAAUUCAUUUUCAGCAGCAAAGGACUUGGCAGUUGACUGGCUGCAAUCUACUACAAGGGACCAGUAUGUGAGUGACCAGGUGUAGUAUCUGUUCUUAUCAGUUUAAUAUCUGAUACGUCCCUUAUCUAGGAACCAUAUAUUAAAUAAAAUCUAUAAUAGCUGUUAUCAUCAGUUUUAAUGUCUUAUAUGUUCCUUAGCUAAGGACCAUAUAAGUAGGAGUGCCCAGAAUUGAGGGCAUUAGAGUGGGGUUGACCGGCUGCAACGACCGCAAGGGACCAGUACCGUCAGUACGGGGGUAGUGGACUGAGAAGGGUCCGACUUUGCAUAAAACCGCCGGCAACCAGCGCCCGAGAGGGCUGGAGCGGGAAGAAGCGGUCUAUGGAGCCUUGCUCCAACGUGAUAAACCCACAGCAGUACCUCUUUGAGGGCUGCACAAUGCUUCUACCCCAUCAGAGGGGAGCACUGUGGGUCAGUUCUGGGUUGACUUGCAAGAGGGGUCCGCAGAACAAAAGACAAGUGGGCAGCAGUUAAGCCCCACAUGGGUACCCCGUGCGGGACCCUAGAGAUCUCUAACUCUAUAAAAAAGAGUAGGCAGGACCCUGAUGGGCCAGAGCCUGGUAAUACAGCAUCCCAUGAUCCUAACACAGCAGGGACUCUGCUGGACAUGGUGGCUGAUUACUUUAACCAAGUCAAACAUGGGUAGACUUGGAUCCAGGAUGGCAAUAGUAUUACUAUAUGUCUGGCCACAAACGCCAACAGGGAAAAAAUUUACAGACACUGGCCAGACAUCUGCCACCUGGCAACGGUGAGGCAUUACGGGUGCCCAGUGUAAACCAAUGCAUUUGGCAGCAUAUGGGGACGAACAUCAGGAACCAGGACCUCAAGAUCCAGAGAACCUUAAAGGGAUUGACGGAAGGCAUCAUAGAAUACACUCGCACCCUGGACUAAAUGUAGGUAACCAAAGACCAUCUAGACGCACUAGCUCUGUUUAGUAAUAUGCAAUAUGACCUGAACUACACAUGGAAGGCGGCCAUUCAGCCAGCACUGGGACCCCAAAAAAUGCUACCAUUUGCAAACAAAGAACCGUGAGUGGACAAAGCCAAGACACUGGGGCUCAUCAAGGCCAGCGCAAGGGCCUAUUUUGGAGCAUGAUACCGGCCACAGGCAACGCCAUAAAUAAUGUGGCUCAUACCAGUGGCAGUGCUAGAAAUCAAUAACCCGCAGGAUCCUUUUUUAGGGUAUGGCCAGGGCGGCCACCCUGGAAGAUGCGGGAACCUCAACCUCCCACACAACCCCGAACAAGAGAUAUCAAACCAGAACCUCCUUUGUCAAAUAAACCAAGGAAAUAACACAACCACCGGUAACCAUGGAGGUAGGUGGGUGGGGUUUUCUUCUGUUCAAAAUAGGGACCUAUGAUGGUAGGGGAGGUUACAACACUACAGUUAUGUAUGGUAUAUAAUCACUACAGAUUCAUAUAAUCUCAGCAGUAUUCAGGGUUAUCUGAUAAGAUUUACUCAUUCCAAUAACCACAGUACAACAUACACCAGAAGGGCAUUUUGUCCUUACAUAAACCAAACAAUCUAAAACCCACAUGGUCUACAAAAAUUGUACACAAAAGAUGUGAUUGAGCAUACUUUUCAUGGAACAUUAGAAUUGUAUCAAACAUAUUUAUUAAAAAUAAAUAGAGUAGGGUUGCAGGAUUAUCUUUGAUUUUAACCCUAAACACAUUUGUUCUAGAUAUUCAUUUUAAGAUGGAUACUCUUUUUUCUUGAUAAGACUUGGUGUCAGCUGCGGGGUUUCUAUAUGGCAGGCAUUGACUCAAAAGAGGAACUUUGGCAAUAGAGCUUACAAUAGGGGUAUCAUUAGCUCCAAUAUUAUUUACUAAAAUUCUAAAACCAGCUUGGCAUUGUUAUGUAACAAAGCCAUAGGGUGAUGUUUUUCCCCCGUUCGGCCCCAUCAAUGGGGUACUAGGGAUAAUUCAACUACACUCGGCAUCUGGAAUUCUCAGAGUUCCGACUGACCUUCUAAAUCAUGGUAUUCGGUCAUACAGGGGAUGGUUUAGAACCAUGUUCCCUAUUGAACAUAGCCAAAAAAUUAUUAAUUUUCCAGUGACUGGAGGCUGUCAUCCAUGCCAUAAGACUAUGGAUUAUGGAUUUAUAGAGGCUAAAGACCCACUGCACGGCAUUGGGCUGUCAGACAGGACGAUGAAUCUCAUCUCAUCUGCACUAAGACUGUCAACAUGGAAGCAGUACCUUUGGACAUC